AUGUCAAAAAGGGCGACCUUUGGUCUAGUGUUGCUGCUCGGCGUGAUUCUCAAUCAUGCCCAGUUGACACAAGCAGUCAAUGCAUGUGGCUCUGGCGGAGUGUGCACUUGCACGGGAACUGGUGUCAGUUGCAUAAGCAAAUAUCUCACAGCCAUUCCAAGCGAAAUCCCAGUCGACACAACAAAAUUGACACUGAGCUUCAACCAGAUCACCAGCAUUUCUGCUAACGCGUUCGCUGGCCUGACUGCACUGACUGAUUUGCAACUCAAUAACAACAACAUCACCAUCAUUCCCGACUAUACAUUCGCAAAUCUGCCUGCGCUGACAGAAUUACACCUGUUCUUCAACCCAAUCACCAGCAUUUCCGCAAACUCGUUCGCAGGUCUGACUGUGCUGAAUCUUUUAAAUUCGUACAACUGCCAGAUCACCAGUAUUGCUGCAAACGCAUUCACAGACCUUUCGAAGCUGACGAACAUGCAGAUGAGCGGGAACCAGAUCACCAGCAUUGCUCCAAACGUAUUCUCAGGCAUGAGCGCGCUGAAAAUAUUGUAUCUAAAUGGCAAUCAGAUCACCAGCAUAUCCGCCUCUGCAUUCACGGGUCUGACUGCGCUGACCUACCUAAGUUUAGACAGCAACCAGAUCAGCAGCAUUGCUCUAAACGCAUUCCCAGGCAUGAGCGCGCUGAAAAUAUUGCGACUAAACAUCAAUCAGAUUACCGGCAUUUCUGCAGGCGUAUUCACAGACCUGAGCGCGCUGAAGGAAUUGUGGUUAAAUGACAACCAGAUCACCAGCAUUUCCGCCAACGCUUUUACAGGCCUGACGGCGCUGACUUUUCUG